AUGCAAAUUCUUGAACGCCGGCAUCAGCUCGGGAAGCAGUGGCUCCUCGCGGCAAACAAGUGUUUGUUGAAGACCAUCUGCGUGUCUUGCUCACCCGUCCGUAUCCUCAUGCUGCGCAUUCAGAGUUCUUUGGUGAUCAGUCCGCUUGCCAGCACCAGCCGCUGCAAUCCCCGUGGGCGACUGGCAACGAAGAUGGCACCGAACACUGGAGAUCCAGUGCUUGUGGGCUACCAGACGUUUGGGUUAGGAAUAGCAGGAUGCAUUCAAUUCAGGAGGAAUGGUAUCCAAUUGGAGAGAGUUCGGUAG